AGACACACACACACACACACACACACACAGAGAGAAAAAUUCCACAAUGCUGCAGAUAGCACAUCGACUCCCGAGAAGAUUUGCGGUGUCCCUCGUGUAAUUUUUUCAGGACGCCUGGAUUCUGUGUGGGUGCUGAUGUGUUAUUUGGGAUGAUGGGGACCGUUUCUCUCUCUCUUGGAUUUGGUUGCAUCUUUAUCUUCUUCGCUCAGUUGACCUUUUCAUCCCAAGCGCGAUUCACUGAGCUCCCCCGGAGCGUGACAGCCACCGAGGGGGAGAAUGUGGAGAUGGCCUGCGCCUUCAGGGGCAGCGGGUCCCCAUCCUACUACCUGGAGAUCCAGUGGUGGUUCAUUCGAGCUCCAGCCGACCAGGACUACAGCCCUGAAAACAGCAAGAGGCAGUUGGAUCCAAUGCCACGAAGCGAAAUGAUCAACGACGAGACGAAAAUCAGCACGGUGAAAGUGAUGGGCAGCGACAUCUCGCACAAGCUGCAGAUCUCCAAGGUGCGCAAGGAAGACGAGGGGCUGUACGAGUGCCGGGUGACGGACGCCAACGUGGGCGAGCUGCAGGAGUACAAGGCUCAGGCGCACCUGUACGUCAACGCCAGCCACUCCCGGGCUCUGCAGGCGCUCGAGGCGCCGCCCCUGCCCCUGCACGAUGGCAAGGGCCUGAGGGCCGCGGCCCCUGCCCCCCCCAGCCAGCGGCCUGGGCGCCGCUCCCCCGGCGGCAGCGACGACGCGGCUCGCAGAGGGCAGUCGGCACCCACCUCCAGGCCAGCGGCGGCGGCCACUAUCCUCAGGCAGAGCGCCACCUCCACUUCAGGUACGACGAUCGUAGCUGCAAGCCAUGGACUAGCUGUCCUGCUUCUUAUUUGUGGCUUUAUGAAGGGUGCUUUGCUAUAGUCUUAGUGCUGACUUUUCCACUAUCACUUUCUCUUAAAGCAAAGAGCGAUUGGACGGUAAAAUCCACGGAUCGGACAGCCAAAUCGACCUUAAACUCCCACCCUUCUGCACCCAAUGUACUGUAAUUCUCUAGCAAUGGAGCCUUUUGCCGAAGAACAAGGACGAAUAAAUAAACCACCGCUUUUGGGCAUUGUUCGGGAGAAUCAAUACAAAAUGGAAUUUAAUAUUGAUAACGAACAACUUUUGGGCAAUUUCACACGUGCGAGAUUUUAACUCGAGUGCAUCCUCUUACACAAUAAAUCGUGCAAUCCAGAGAUCACCGUUGGACACAGUUUGUCAAUUAAUGAACCAACCACAUCCAACCACCAACUCCAAAUCCGUGCAAGAAUUUUUUUUUAUUGCACCUUCUCCACUUUAAUGAUAAUCCGAUCGUCAUUUGAAGUUCUUGGGGGACAAUCUUGAUUUCCAUAGAAAUAAUUGUGUAAAGUGUGCAGGAAUCUUGUAAUCGCAUUAGAGAACCACCUAACCCAACCCAACCCACCCAACACAUUGUACCACUCCAAUCGGCACCUGGAUAUUUUAUUUUACCUAUAAUUUGAUAUGAUAUAUGGAUACAUUGGAGCUACUCUAUAUUGCAGAGCCAACCUAACCCACAUUAUUUACUGCUUUUGAGUGUGAUGUGAUUAUAUUCCUUCCUUCCAUAUAAGCACCAAAGCUUUCCCCUGCAGCCAUCUCAGUUUGCGUUGUGACACCAAUACUGUUUAAAGAAUUGUCUAAUUCCUGAGCUGAAUAAUACGACACUGUGUGAUUGUAAUAUUUCCCCCCCAUCCCCCUCCC